AUGGCGGGCGCCCUCAGAGCAGGUGUUGUGGCGUCAAUUUUUGCUGCCGUGUUAGGUGCAUGCGCGUAUUAUGGGCGCUUUGGCUUGCAUCUGCAACAAGCCUACUUAGAAGCCCAGCGGCCAACAGCGCCAACACCGGACCCUGCUACAACGACUUUCACGCCGGACCCGUGGUGUCCUCAAUGCAGAGGUGCACUGUGUCAGCACAAGUUCUUAUUUGUCAUUGCGACAGGGCGCAGUGGAUCCACAACACUUAUGGACAUGGUGAAUUUGAUUGACGGUUUCUUUAUAUACGGGGAGAAUUGGCACAUGCUCCGCGACCUGGGCAUAUCACUGGCAGAUUUUCUGGCAAGGACAGCUUUUAGAGCACAAGUUGGACCCGCCUUGACCGAACGACUGCUCAUGAAUUUCCAAGGGUUGCUUUGGGAAUUCCUGGCGCCUCCUCGAUUUGAGGGGAGGUGGAAACAGGCUUCUGUCCGAGGUUUUAAGGAGAUACGCUGGGACAACUCGUCCAUCAUGUUUCUGAAGCACGCUUGUCCUUGCAGCAGAAUCAUUUUCAAUUAUCGUCUUGAUCUUGAAGCUCAGAGCAAGUCUGGCUUUUGGAUUCGGACAAACAUGUCGGUAGACGGGCUUCUUGACUGGAACGCGAGGUACCGGCAACUUGCUGCCGAGAGCGGGUUUCCUUUCUAUGAGAUGAACCUCGAAAACUAUUCGGUUCAAUCCUUCAACAAGCUUUCUCGCUGGCUUGGGGCUGCAUGUGAGUUUGAUCAGCUGAUACACUCCACUGCUCAUCGAGUCAGUGGACCACUUGUCGUGCCCAAGUGCGCGUCUCUGCUUGGCGAACGACAGCCAUGGUGCACAAACUGCGACGAUGAUGCACUCUGCACCCACAAGUUUCUGUUCACAGAGCUUGACCCAAACAACUCGCAGUUUCAGCAUCUGACAACCAGUUCCCGCAUCUUCUUCAGCAGUGGAUCCAGCGAAAUGUUGGCACAUAAUUUUCUGCUCGCAGUGCGGUACAUGCAAAAACCCGGCCGGAGUCCCCCUGAGCCAACAUCCGCAAGCGAUAUCGCCCAGAUGACUGCAUGGGCACAUCCUCCUCAAGCCGUCCGACGCAAAAGCCUUCUCCAAGCACAUCAGCUGAUUUGGGAUUGGUUGCAACCGCCUUGGCCUGAGCAUUCGAACGUACGCGCUUACAACCUGCAGUCGCUGAACACCACAAAUAUUGAGUGGAUGCUGAACCUGUGCCCGUGUUCCCGUUUUGCACUUAAUGUACAUGGGGAAUUUCAGAAGACGGAGAGACAGAUGCUGAUCAAGAUGCUACGCAGUUCUGGCUUACAGUACACCGAUCUUGCUGACGGUGAACUGACGGACUGGCUUCAACAAGAGCGAGCACUAUAA